GGCCCUCCCUUUUCUACUCAGCAGCCUAAUGGCUGCUCCCUUGACCCAGGGGCCUGCUACCCGAGGGGAGGAGGACGUUGACGGUAAACGUCGCGGAGCCAGGGUUGUCAGUAAUGAAGACAGUAAGGACUGCAUCCUGGAGCCGCUUUCCCUGCCAGAAGGUCCAGGUGGCACCACCACCUCAGAAGCUUCUCCAUCUGUGCCUUGUAUCUUCUGUGAAGAGCACGUCCCUGCGACUGAGCAGGACAAACUCCUGAAGCACAUGAUUAUCGAACAUAAGAUUGUCAUAGCUGACGUCAAGUUGGUUGCUGACUUCCCAAGGUACAUUUUAUAUUGGAGGAAAAGGUUCGCUGAACAGCCCAUUACUGAUUUUUGUAGUGUGAUAAGAAUCAAUUCCACAGCUCCACUUGAAGAACAGGACAAUUAUUUUUUGUUAUGUGACGUUUUACCAGAAGAUAGAGUACUUAGAGAAGAGCUUCAGAAACGGAGACUGAGAGAAAUUCUGGAACAACAGCAACAAGAACGAAAUGAUAACAGUUUUCGUGGCAUUUGUAUGUUUUGCAACGAGGAAUUCCUGGGGAACAGAUCUGUUCUUUUGAACCACAUGGCCAGAGAACAUGCUUUCAACAUUGGGCUGCCAGACAACAUUGUAAACUGCAGUGAAUUUCUACGUACAUUGCAGAAGAAGCUUAACAACUUGCAGUGCUUGUACUGUGAGAAGACCUUCAGGGACAAAAAUACACUUAAAGAUCACAUGAGGAAAAAGCAGCAUCGAAGGAUCAAUCCCAAGAACAGAGAGUAUGACCGGUUUUAUGUCAUCAAUUAUUUGGAACUUGGGAAAUCGUGGGAAGAAGUUCAGUCAGAAGAUGAUCGCGAGUUGACAGACCGUCAGGAAGAGGACUGGUCUGAUUGGGAAGAACAUCCAGUCUCUGCUGUCUGCCUGUUUUGUGAAAAGCGAGCGGAAACGAUGGAGAAAUUAUGUGUCCACAUGGAGGAAGCACACGAAUUUGAUCUCCUCAAAAUAAAGUCAGAGCUUGGAUUAAAUUUCUAUCAGCAAGUGAAACUGGUCAAUUUCAUUCGGAGGCAAGUUCACCAGUGUAGAUGUUACGGCUGCCGUGUGCAGUUCAAAUCCCGAGCAGACUUACGGACCCACAUGGAAGAAGCUAAACAUACAUCACUGCUUCCUGAAGUAAAGAUAUGGGAUCAACCGGAGUAUUAUUUUCCAACCUACGAAAAUGACACUCUGCUGUGCGCACUGUCUGACAGUGAAAGUGACCUGACGGCUCAGGGACAAAAGGGACAUGUUACCAUCAUCAGUGAAGAUACAUCUAAACUGCAUGCUUUGAAACAAAGCAGUAUUUUGAACCAGUUGCUACUACAGGAGUGCUUGAAAAACUAGAGGAAAUUGCCACAGAAGCAAUUUUUCAUGUUUUUCUCCUAUGAGACAGACACGAAAAAAUAGUUUAAAUGUGUGACUGUCAGCAAAUGAUUGGUCCUUGGUGAAACAUACUUUUUUGAAAAACAAACACAUUUGUUUCUUUUUCCAAAAAUACAAUAGAACGAUAAAAUGAGGGUUUUUUUUAAUACUUUAGCCCGCAAGUUUUAUUAUGUAAUCGUCGUAAAUGAUCUCAUUUCAUUAGACUCAUAAAUAU